AAUGGGGGUAACGUUUUAUGAAAUUCCUAGUCAGUAACCUUAAGCCAAUGUUUUUGGACAAUCUAACGUUAACGUUAGUUAGCUAGCUGCUACCUACAUUUGCAAAAUUAGCUAGCUAAUUGUCCUCGUCACACAGAGAAAGCCAGAGAAGGGACAGACUUAAUGCUAAACAGCAGCCUUAUACUUAGUACGAUUUUACCGUAUGUGUAACUGUACCAUUAACUAUUGUUUUAACGUUAUUUCAAUGGUCAUUAAAGCAUUCAUGCUAAAGUUUAACCAGUACAACAGUAACAUUAGCUACAUUAACAACUUUGAUUUACUUUUAUUCGUGUGUUGGCCCAGUAUUUACAGUUUUUCUCAAUCGCUUUGGCACAAUCGUCGAAUGACUAUGAAACUUCGUCAAACUAUAUGACUAGCUAUUAAUAUAAACAUUAGGUCAGUUGUUGACAUGACUAUAGUCAUUUAUCAUUUCUUUGGCACUAAAUGCAUUGAGUAACCCUUGCAGGUGAAAAUAGUUUGCAUUUAUUUGCUAUAGAAUCAUAAUAUUCUCAAAUGCAGUUAUACACAUUACAUGUUCAUUAUAUAGCUAAAUCCCUACAUGCAAAAUAAAGCAACCAACAAUCCCAAUAAACUGUCACACAAUAGGUAUGUGGUUUUGUUGUAAACGUUUUCAGAUGAAUAGACUUAGGGAACACUACCAUUGUUUACAAUUUACGCUAGAGGAACCAAACGCAAACGGGUGUCAGGUCAUGCAUGCAGCCGGGCCUCUAGCCUGCGCUUUGUGCACCCCCAGCCCUUGAGCCACUGUCCUUCCAGUAGGUGGAGGCUCUUCCUCCUUCUAGCCUCCGUUCUCUCCACUGCCCCCGUCAGCCCCAGAGUUCCUUAUGUUAACCCUCUUGAGCAUGUUUUACUAUAUCUGUCUGCGGCGACGCUCCAGGAGUGGGACUCGAGGCGAGGCUCUGACCAGCCGGCGGGCUGUGGAGUCCGGCCAGCGGGCCGUGAUGCCGGUCACUGUGGAGGUGGAGCAGUAUGCCAAGGAGGUCCUGGACUUCAGCUCCCACUAUGGCAGUGAGAAUAGCAUGUCCUACACCAUGUGGAACCUGGCUGGGGUACCCAACGUCUUCCCCAGCUCAGGGGACUUCACUCAGACGGCUGUAUUUAGAGCUUACGGGACAUGGUGGGAACAAUGUGCCAGUGCUCCGCCACCUUUCCGCCGCACCCCUAAAGGCUUCCAUAGCCGGGAUUAUAUCGAACUGGGCUUUGAGGAGCCUGUCUACCCUACAGCAGUAGAUGUACUUGAGACUUAUUACCCUGGAGCCAUCGUCCAGAUUCUGGCCUGCUCUCACAACCCCUUCUCCCAGAACCCACCUACUGAUGUCAGGUGGGAGGUGCUGUGGUCAGGGGAGCCGACCAAGGUGCUGACACCCCAGGCGCGUCAGUUUUCCCCUAACAUCAAGCAUAUCAACUUCCCCACCAACCUGCUGCGCCUGGAGGUCAACAGCUCUCUGCUGGACUACUAUACCGAGCUGGACGCUGUUAUUCUGCGUGGGGUAAAAGAAAGGCCCAUGUUGGCGCUCUACAAGAUGCCUCUCAUUGACAUCAAUGACCUUAGUGACAGCGAGGAUGAGCUGUCCGAUGUGGGAUGUUCAUUCAGACAAGGAGACAGCAAGCACCAGAGGACAGGCAAUGGCUACUUUGACAAACUGCCCUAUGAGCUUAUCCAGCUGAUAUUGAGCCACCUGACCCUGCCAGACCUCUGCCGUCUGGCCCAGAGCUGUAAGCUGCUGCACCAGCACUGCUGCGACCCGCUGCAGUACACCCAGCUGAGUCUGCAGCCCUACUGGGCCCGGCUGAGUGACGCCUCCUUGGGACACCUGCAGAGCCGCUGCACCCUCCUCCAGAGGAUCAACCUUUCCUGGACGGGAAACCGCGGAGCGCUCACCCUGACCGGCUUCAGCAGCUUCCUGAAGGCGUGUGGUCUCAGCCUUGGCUGCCUGGAGCUAUCGUGCUGCCACUUCCUGAACGAGGCCUGUCUGGAGGUCAUCUCUCAGACUUGUCCCGGGCUGCAGGAGCUCAACCUGUCCUCCUGCGACCGCCUCCACCCGCAGGCCUUCGCACACAUCUCCAAACUAACACGCCUCCGCAGGCUGGUGCUCUACCGCACCAAGAUAGAGCAAACAGCUAUUCUGAGCAUCCUGACUUUCUGCAUAGAGCUGAGACACCUCAGCCUAGGGAGCUGUGUGAGGAUUGAUGACUAUGACGGUGUCGCCAGUAUGCUGGCUGCUCGCUGUCGCUCACUCCGCUCGCUGGACCUGUGGCGCUGCAAAAACCUGACGGAUCGAGGCCUGGCCGAGCUUGUCUCUGGCUGCAGGAUGCUGGAGGAGUUGGACCUGGGCUGGUGUCCCACACUGCAGAGCAGCACCGGAUGUUUCGAGUACCUCGCUCGCAGCCUUCCCCGCCUGCGCAAACUCUUUCUCACCGCCAACCGCACGGUCUGCGACUCAGACAUAGAGGAGUUGGCCGCCAGCUGCCCCUCGCUGCAGCACCUCGACAUACUGGGUACGCGGUUGGUGAGUGCUGCCUCACUGAAGAAACUCCUCCAGUCUUGUCCACGACUUCUCCUCCUGGACGUCUCCUUCUGUUCGCAGAUAGACACGCGGGUCGUCCAAGAGCUCUCCGGUCUCUUCCCCAAAGUGGCCAUCAAGAAGAGCUUCACUCAGUGACCCCAGCAUUGUCUCAUUGCUACAGUCCAGAGGAAGUAAGAGGAGUGAAGUGCUCGCCAAGAGACACUGCCCCAAAGCCAAUGAGAGGCAGGUCAGAUGCUGUAGGAGAUUGCCGACCUGCCUGCUUCUGUAUCACCGACACAAUCUUCUUUUAGCGUGUCAGUAAAUAAAGCAGUUGUACUGGGUGAGGGGGUUCUUUGGAUUAACUGGCUGAACGGAAACAACGACAGACUCCCAGUCACAGGAUUAUAGAACGUGAGACUUUUUUGUUGUUAUUCUUUUGGACACUUGAAAUCAGGGUCGUUGCAGUAAAGCUGCUACAUCUUCCCAGAAUCUGAAUCACCACUUAAGUAUUGCCAAGAUAAGGCUAGGAAACAAGGCUAGGAAAUAUGCCUUGGUACUGGAUGCUAAACACAGAACAAAAACAUUUGUGAGCAAUGCUCCCUUGAACAUCUUGUUAGGACAACGAAAAGGGACAAAAACCAGUGUGAAACCUACUCUUAUUUAGAAACAGUUGAAAAAAGCUGGCGGAGGAUUUGGUAGUCACAUAUUUAGUUUAGCUGGUAACGUAAUUAAAGAUCAGGGGCGUGGUCAGUGCCUUGUCAGAAUGUGCAGCAUUCAUGCUGGCUGUUUUAAUUCAUGAGGGUCAUUCUGAAGGCAUCUGUCGACAUCAAGCCAGUUUGUUUUAAUUAUAAGAAACACUUGAUACAUACUUGAUGCUGGUGUGUUGAAAGGAAUCAGUAGCGUUAAAGGUGAUAACAAAGGAGUGAACGCAGCCUUAUUUCACACAGUGUACUGUGUGAAUUGUGUCAACUCAAACCUUAAUGCAAGUAUCACUAUCUGUUGCUGCAAACUGACUGCAGAAUCGUACGCAAGGUCCUCACGUUGAAAAUAAACACACCAUUAACUGUCCUUGCACCACAUAUGUGAGAACUUGUGAAAAAGCAGACUGGAACAACAUUUGUUUUAAUUUUAAUGUGCAGUAUAAAUGACAGAAGUAGUCAAAACCCCCAGAUCAUCAAAUCAGCAACAGACAGACUAACUCAUUUGAAAUAAAAGCACUGAGAAGUAACACAUUUCAACAGUCUAAAACCCAAAGAUAUUACAAUGAUAUAAAAACCAGAAAAGCUGCAAAAUGACUGAAUCAAUUAGUGAAUUGUCCGAAGUUGCGAAUUAUUUUCUGUCCAACGACUAACCAAUCGACUAAUCAGGUCUAACCAGACAGGUCUGAUGAAACAAAAUGUUUUUUGAUAGCAUAAAAUGAGGUCUCCAACCAUAAUAACUGUAUUCCAGUUUCCCUACAUUUACCCUACAGACGGAUAUGAUAAUGAUAUAUUAACAGGGUUUUCUCUGUUUUGUUUUGUUUUUGUUUUGUUUUUUGAGGGCGUUUAGGUGCAGAUGACGUCAUACGCUCAAGUGACAUCAUCGUGCACUUAUUUGCAUAAAGCUUAGUGGUUGUCCGUUGCAGCGAGCGAGAUCACUAAAGCAAAACUUGAAGGAGCCGCUUAUUACUAAAAUGAGAAUAGCUGGACCACCUUAAAGGUCAGCCCACCUUAAGUUAGUUAGCCUGUGCUGAAGUUGUCGCUAGCUCUCUAUUUGAGCCCAUUCACGCGCGGACGCCCCUUCCCGUGCCUUUACUAGCGUCCACGUGCUCUCCACAUUGUUUUUACGUUCAUACACUUAGACGGUGCGCAAAAACGCUUAGGUGCUGCGGCAAGGUAUAAACCCUGACUAAUUAGGAAAGAGCUGUGUGGCGUUGUAGAUGCUUUCUUUAUUGAACAUAUGAUACAAGACCUAAAUAAACAGGGUGUUUUAUUGCUAUGUUUUUUUUGAGACUUUUCAACAAUUCAUUCUGGCCAAGUAAGAAAAAAAACCAUGGCCAAAGUUAACAGCAAUUAGAUAAUUGGAUUGCUAAUUGUGUAUGCUUACGUCAUACAGACCGUUCUUUUCAUUAGCCAGUCCCUCCAGAAAAACCUAAUUAUGCGAUCGCAUAAUUCAAUGCAUAAUCAGCCAAAGUCCUCAUAUUUAUGCGGGGGGCGCAUUUUUUCAAAUACGCCGCAC